AUGAAACUUGAAUUAUUUCUUUUAUUCACUUCUAUCUAUAUUAUUAAUGGAGAAAUUUAUUUUAAUGAAAAUCUUUCAUUAUCUGAUUAUUACAAUAAAAUCCCAAGAGAAAAUGUUAUCAAUCCUGAUGCUAAUUUGUAUUUCAGAAUGCCAACAAGUGUUAUUUCAUCACCAAUACCUUUUAAUGGAUUUUCAAAUUUCUAUCAAAGUGGAAGAGAAUUAAAAAUUGAACCAUACAAAAAUUUCCCUGGAGGAACACUUAGUAGACUUAUUUUAUCAUUUAAUAGAUAUAUUGCUAUUCACAUACCAUUCAAAUAUAAAGAAAUGUUUUCAAAUAAACAUACAUCUAUUUUGCUUAUUAUUAAUUGGAUAAUUGGUUUGGCAAUGAUUGCUCCUCUUAGUUUUGGAGAUUCAUGUUCAUUUGUGUAUGUUGAUCGUAUAUGGAAUUAUGAAACAACUAAAUUUUGUUCAAUUGUCGCAUAUAUACAAGAUUUUCUUUAUGGAGUUAUUAUUGGAAGCGGUAUUAUAUUUAUUGAUAUAAUAACAGCUAUAAUGUUAUUAAAAAGAAAAUUUAAAAAAUCAGAAAGUAUAUCAAUAUGGAGAACACAAAAAUCACAAAAAAGUAGUAAAAUAAAAACAGAUAUAGAUAUUUUUUUAAGAACCGUAAUAUCUAAUAUUAUUCUUAUCUUAAUGUUGAUAUCUUUUCAUUUUUUUUCUCAUCUUGUCUUAGACAAUAUAAAUUUACUUUUUGUAACAACAUCACUUUUUUGGAUGUCUCAUCAUUUUAUGGAUGGUGUUAUUGUUGGUUUAUUAAAUAAUGAUGUUAAAAAGCAUAUAUUAUCAAAAUUAAAAAAAAAACCAAUAAAAAGUAAUACUGUUGAAACAACAAGAAUUAAUCGGAUGUCUAAACAUUAA